GUGAGUUCUACGCGAGCUGUAAACGACCUACUAACUAAUUGGCUAUAGGAAGGUGAUUCAAAAUGAUGUUCAUUAGGUGCCCCCAAACGGUGAAUGUACUGUAGCGAUGAGCCGAGAGAGCCGUGCGUUCCCCGGACUCAAGGGCAUUCCCAUCCGUCGCUCAUUUGACGAGAUAUGUCCGAAGCCUGUCUUUGCUCCUGACGAUGCCCUUCUCGUAAAAGGAACAACAAGAGUGUGUGAUGCGACGCUGAUUGAGUACUUCGUCAAGACUGGUUGCCGAGAUGCCAAAAGUUCCUCAACAAGACGUCGAAUAUCUUUGGGUGUGGCUACCAGUCAACUACGAUUGGUUUCGCAUGUGCAUAUCUAUGUGAAUGGCCCAAAACAGAAGUUUAUAAACGAGCGCGACCAGACAUGGGCAGCUUUUCUCUUGCUGGUCAUCGCCACACGCGUGCAUCACCUGUGUUGUCUCUCACUUCGACGAUGUUUCAGGUGACAGCAUGGAUUUCAACCGUUCUUCUCACCCGGCCGAUUCCCGGACAAAACUUUAUCGGCGAUCUGACUUGCAUGCAUCUGACAGUUGAUUGAUGGACGAUUUAACCAUCAAGGUGAAUGGAAGAAGUGCAUUUUAGCCGUGGUGGUGAAGACGCCCAACCAAAAGGGGAUUAGUGUUGACUCUAUGGCCUAACGGACUUCCCCAGGCUUAGAUUGAACCUUGGAAAGUAGCAGCGACGUGACUUUUGCCGGCGCCGUCAAUUUAAUUCUCGAAAAACCUCGGAAAUACCGGGUUUCUGUCCUUUGCUUAGCAUCACAUUGUCAUUUAUCGGACCAAUUGCCAUCCUCUCCGCUAGAUACACGCUUCAAUCGCUAUCCAUCAUGGGCGCAUCUCCACGUAGCGCCCUAUCGUGGCUUGUCGCUACCGCCGCCUUUGCGCCUCACGCGCUGGCUAUUCCCAAAACAACCGUGGACUUGGGAUACACCAAAUAUGUCGGACAAGAGCUUUCCAACGGCAUCACUCAAUGGCUUGGUAUGCGCUAUGCUGCGGCGCCCGUGGGUAAGCUUCGCUUUACGCCGCCGGAAGAUCCCCCGCACACUGGCACGACAGAGCAAGCAAACAAGCAUGGAAACAUCUGCCUCUCAACCGGGCAGCUUAAAAAGCAAGCCAACCAUGGCGAAGAUUGUCUAUUUGUCGACGUUCAAGCCCCUACUAAUGCUACUGUUAUCUCCAAGCUUCCCGUCUUUGUCUACAUUCACGGCGGUGGCUUCAACACCAACUCGAACCCAAAUGUCAAUGCCUCGGGUCUUAUCCCCGCUGCAGAUUAUGACAUGGUCUUUGUGUCGUUCAAUUAUCGCGUAGGCCCGUACGGCUUCAUCUCCGACGGCGGCAACAAGAUCACGGCCAACAACGGGCUACGAGACCAGCGCAAGGUUUUUGAAUGGGUGCAGAAGAACAUUGCAAAGUUUGGUGGUGACCCAAAACAUGUGGUGAUUGGAGGAAGCAGUGCAGGUGCCGAAAGUGUCACUAUCCAUCUGACAGCAGACAAUGGCAAAGAUCGCGGCCUCUUUAUCGGUGCAACAGCCGAGUCCCCCUCUUUUGCCCUCAUGCUUACCGAAAAGGAAGCGGAGUACCAGUACCGCUCUUUUGCUACACGAUUUGGAUGUGUAGGCAAAGACAGUCUAUCGUGUCUUCAAAGCAAGACCGAAGACGAGCUGCAGGCGCAAAACUACAACAUCCCCUUCCCUGGCGGCAAUAAGCCCCCCGGCUACAUGUGGACUCCCCUCAUUGAUGGCGAGUUUGUCCCGGACUACACUUACAACCUUCUUGACCAGGGCAAGUUUAUCAAAGUACCAGUGAUCUACGGCGACGACCAGAAUGGCGGAACGAAGUUUGUCCCACAAUCAACAGCGACACAAGCGGAAGGCAACAUGUACAUGCUCGACCAAUAUCCCUUCUUCACCCUCGAGCUACUUGAGGAGAUGAACAGCCUCUACCCCAACACCAACAUGAGCUGCACUAGUGGUGAUAAGGGCUGUUUCUGGCGUGAAACAAGCAACGCAUACGGUGAAUCUCGCUACAUGUGCCCAGCAAUGGCUGUUGGUACAGCCAUCUCAGGCUACGGCGUCCGCAAUAGCUACCAGUAUCUCUGGAACGUGGAAGAUCCCGACGAGAUCGCUCAAGGUCUCGGUGUUCCGCACACUGUUGAGUUUGGUGCCAUUGUUGGCCCAGAGUUCUCUCCAGACUCAAAGGUGCCUAAGAGUUACUACAAGGGCGGCAUUAACGAAAAGGCGUCAUCAGUUGUACAAAAGUACUGGACCAACUUUAUCCGCUCCCUGAACCCGAACCGAGCUGGACGAAAGUGCAAGACUGAUCAGACAGUCUGGGAGAGAUGGUCAGCGAAUUCGACAAAACGCAUGGUAUUCCAGACGGGCGGAAAGACGGAAAUGCUUGAUAUUGGUGAUGAGCUACGUGAGAGAUGCGCAUUCUGGCACCGAAAUGCCGUAGCAUUGCAUGUAUAAAGACACAAUAGGAACAAUUCACAACAAAAUCAACGUUCAUAUAUUCAUCGCGUUGCUUUUUGCUUUUUUUACUCUCUCCACUCAGCCUCGACGACCGCGAAAAAGGUUACCGGGUCGGCCUUGACGUUGACAACGUGGAAUCUUUCAUCUGCCUGAGUAAACAGCUUGCUCCAGGCCUCUACCUUUCUCUCCUCGCAGUUGAAUAGGCCCAUGAUGCGGAUGUCCGUAGCAGUACCCAUGUGCUGCAUAGUGCGAGGCAAGAUCUUCUUGUUCUCCUCGUUCUGGUUGCCAAUGUAUUCAAACAGGAUGACACGGGAGCCGGUGCGUAGUCCAGGGCGCAGCGCCUGAAGAAUUUUGAUGCUCUGCUCAUCAGGCCAGUCGUGUAGAAUCAUCUUGAGAAGAUAAAUGUCGGCUUGGACGGGCUGAGGCUCGUAGAAAUUGUGCACCUUGAACGAAACGCGGUCCUUGACGUCUUCCGGCAAGUUUGCAUUGAAGACUGGCUCGACCUCGGGAAGAUCCUGCACGAUGAGCUUGAGAUCAGGGAAGCGUCUGGCAAGCUCAAAGGCAUCAUGGCCAGCAGAGCCUCCUACCUGAACGGGCAUGUUAGUUGACCGUUUGUUCUACAGGUUGAUACCUAUUUGACUUACAUCGACAACAGUGGCGUCCCCGGCGGACUUCCAGUCCUGCGCAUCAGCCACAAUACCGUCCAAAUUGAACAGAGCCUUGAGGUACUUCAUAAACUCGAUGACUUGACGCUGACGCCAGCCUUUUCUCUCACCCUCACCGUCAUUCUCGACAAAGUCCCAGAUACGCGUGUGGUUGCCAUACGGACCAUUCUUGUGAAGGAGAGCAAAGGCCGUCUCGUCAAUGUUCUCAGUGAGCUUGGGCUUAUCAAGAUUGAACUUUCGCAGAGACUCGUGCAUGAGCAUCACAGGCGCACCGGCGUCGUCCAGCGUGCAAGACACUAAGCCGCGAAGGCCACUCGAUUUGGCCAUGGCAGCUGAGCGAGAGUUAUGCGCAAUGGACUUGGAACCAUCUUCCGCUUCAACUUCAGCAAAAAUGCGAAGGUUGACGGCAUGUUGUAGCAGUCGGUAGACGACGUCCUCUGGGAGACGGACUUUCUGGGAGAUUUGCGCGUAUGUAGCUGUACCGUCCAAAGGAACGGCAGCCCAGAAAUCAAAGUAGUUUAAGAUGUUGAGGGUAGAAGCGUCUGGGAUAGCCUACGUAGUUCAAAUGUUAGCUUGCACGAUCCCAGAAAACCCCAAGUCAACUUACGGAAUGGGCAUAGUUGAAGAUACUCUCACUGGGUCCCUGUGUAAGAAACCACAUAUCGGUAAUGGCAUCAAUGAGCUUCUGUCUCGUCAUGAACAUCUCGCCGUCCAAGCCUUCAUAUCGCGUGACACUGUCUGCCGCAAAGCUCGGCUGCUUCACAUUGCCAUUUUCCAGCAACUUUGUAAGUGACUGCGUCAGCUCCGAGAUUUGGGCAGCGACGUCGUUGAGAGACUGAUAGUCCUGAGGCAUUGUGUGUACAAAGACAAGGAUGAACUUUCCCUUGUGUUUCUAGGAGAGAGAAUAAGGAGAAGGAAGACAAGAAAACCCCUCACAAUCCUGCAGCGCAGAGCCUCCUUCUAUACACAAACCCCGCCAAGCAUUCUGCACCUCAGCCAUACCAACGCAAGUGGGAAUUCCAGACGCAAAGUCUCCGCAGAUGUGCGACUGCCGAGUGGCUAAUUGGCUGUAAAGGAAGCUUAAAAAAGACAGGGACAAUUGCCGUGGAAAACCGGGGACGACAAGUGUCGUAUUCACC